UAUCAUCAGCAAGUUGAUAAGCGAAUGUUUACUCAACUUAAGCAUUUAUAUUUAAUGCUUAAAAGACUUGAAGAAAGUACAAAUGAAAUUAAAGCCAGGCUAGAUCACCUGGAAAGGCAUCAAGAAAAACAAAAAAAUGAUCUCUCUGUACAAAUAAUAGAUGUAAGUGUUUUGGGUUAG